ACAGCUGCUUUUGUUUGUUAUCGAAAUCGAAAAAUUUAAAUCAUCAUAAACAAUAACAACUGUUUGCCAAACAAAAUACCAGCAAUGUUUCGCUUGCAAUGCGUAAGGAGCGUGUUGCAUAUGGUGCGCAACUAUUGCCUGAAAUCGCAAAAGAACGCUGUGGUUAUUGCGGCUGCUGUGCGCACGCCCAAUUCCUUGGAAUGUGGCGAUGAAGAAGAUCAAUUGGCCGGCAUGGUGAUCGAUGAGCUGGUGAAACGCACAUCAGCGCCGCGGGAUGAAUUCAAGAAGCUAAUCAUUUGCACUUCCAGUGAAAUAGUGAACAACGAUUCAUUGAGCAGCGUCGCCAAAGCUCUGGGUCUAAAAAGCUGUCAGGCGCAUACCAUAAAAAACGCGGCGUGCUCCGUCAGUGGACUGGAAAUGUCGCUGGAGUGCUUGCAGCAGGACGAAGCUGGUUGGAUCAUAUUAGGCGAUACGCGUGCAAACAUCAAACACGAGGAAAAAGAUGAUAUACUACACAGCGAAUUGUUGACAACUGCUAACAAUUGGUUUAGAAAAGCUCGAGAUAAAGUAAAAAAGGAGUCGCUAUCGACUGUAUGUCCAGGCGCUGCUGCUGUUGCCUUAACUACGGCCAAAACAGCAGAGCGCCUGCAACUGCAGCCGUUGGCAAUUGUGCGUGAAUUCUUCAUGGAACAAGACAACGAGCACGCUAUCUUCCGCUUGGCCGGUAGUCAGCCAAUACAGCUAACGGAUGUCCAUAGCUGGGAACUAGUUAUCAACAAGGAGCUGAAGAAGCAGCUGGGCACGCUAGUAGAGCUGGAUGUGAACGAAGUACGAACGCAUGAUUCUCGACAAAUAACCGCCAGCCACUUAUUGACUCACACAGUUCAUGCUCUGCCCGCUGGCAGUCUUGGCUGCGUCAUUAUGGAAGCCAGCGACGGACGAUGUGUACUAAUGGUGCUCGAGAAAAUCAUACCUGCACCCAAUCUACCGGAGAGCUUGCCGCAACUAACGCUCUACACAAAGGAACCAUGCCCACUUUGUGAUGAUCUAGUCAAGAAACUAGAGCAGAACUUUGCGGGCGAAUUCGAGCUGAAGAAAGUCUUUAUCGAUCGCAAAGAGAACGUGCGAUAUUUGCGACUAUUUCGCUAUGACAUACCCGUGCUAUUUCUAAAUGGACAAUUUCUUUGCAUGCACAGCCUCAAUGAGCCGGUGCUGCGCGAAAGACUGAAUGCCCUGAAGGCCAUCGGCGUUAAGCAAAAAAAGAAAGCAUAGUAUAAAAAGGACGCACGC